UCUAAUCGGGCCUAUUAUAAAUAUCUCUCACUAGAAUAAACCCUUUAUAAAGGAGUUUUACUUCUAUUGCUCCAACCCUUUCUCUCCCAAACCCUCGCAACCACAUUUCGUUCUCCUGCUUUCUCUCUCUUCCGUCCAGCAGCGGAAGCCGUUUGCAGGAUACAAAUUGAACGUAAUGGCUGAGAUGAACAACCAACCCUCAGUUAUGCAGAAGGCUAGUGGUCUAUCCCAGAUCACUCAGUCUCGUUUCUGCGGGUCCCAGAACUCAGCCUUGGUACAAAGGAGGUUCGCCUAUGGAAACUACUCCAAUGCCGCUUUCCAAUACCCAGCAACCCAAGAUCUUUCUUUCGUUUCCAACAUGGCUUCAUCACCCGUUGUUGCAUACGCUCCUGCUGAGAAAGGGCCCGCUGCUUUCGCCAUUGAUUUUCUCAUGGGAGGAGUUUCAGCUGCCGUCUCCAAGACCGCUGCUGCCCCAAUUGAGCGUGUUAAGCUGUUGAUCCAGAACCAAGAUGAGAUGCUUAAGGCUGGUCGUCUAUCUGAACCCUACAAGGGUGUUGGUGACUGUUUCACCAGAACAAUGAAGGAUGAGGGUAUGAUCGCUUUGUGGAGAGGAAACACUGCCAAUGUCAUCCGUUAUUUCCCCACUCAGGCCUUGAACUUUGCCUUCAAGGAUUACUUCAAAAGAAUGUUCAACUUCAAGAAGGACAAGGAUGGUUACUGGAAGUGGUUUGCCGGUAACUUGGGAUCUGGUGGUGCUGCUGGUGCCUCUUCCUUGUUCUUUGUCUACUCCUUGGAUUACGCCCGUACCCGUCUUGCUAACGACUCAAAAUCUGCCAAGAAGGGAGGAGGUGACAGGCAAUUCAACGGUCUUGUUGAUGUUUACCGUAAGACAUGGGCCUCAGAUGGGCUUGCCGGUCUUUACCGUGGGUUUAACAUCUCUUGUGUUGGUAUCAUUGUCUACCGUGGGUUGUACUUUGGUCUUUACGAUUCAGUGAAGCCCGUUCUUUUGACCGGAAAGUUGGAGGACAGUUUCUUCGCUAGUUUCGCUCUCGGAUGGCUCAUCACCAACGGAGCCGGUCUCGCUUCAUACCCCAUUGACACCGUCCGAAGAAGAAUGAUGAUGACCUCCGGUGAGGCCGUCAAGUACAAGGGCUCACUCGACUGUUUCAAGCAGAUUGUCAAGAACGAGGGCCCCAAGUCUCUAUUCAAGGGUGCCGGUGCCAAUAUUCUCCGUGCCGUUGCUGGUGCUGGUGUGUUGGCUGGUUACGACAAACUUCAGGUCCUCGUCUUCGGAAAGAAGUACGGUUCAGGUGGUGCUUAAGUUUAUUAUUAAAUUACUAAAAAGCCCUGCAACUUUGGGGGGGAAGAUGGUGAUGAAAAUUUUUUGGGGGUUUGGAAUUUGUGGCGGGCUCAAACUCGGUUUUAUUAUACUUUUAAAAAAACAGUUUGAUUGAAUAAUAAUGUAGGGUUUUGAAGACUUUAUUUAGAGGGACUAACCCCGCAGUUUUCCCUGAGAAUUCUUGCUCGGAUUAAAUUAAAAGGAUAUUUGUUCUUUGGAGCAUGGCUGUAAUUUGAUGCUCUUCAUGAGUUUUAUUGAUUAGUUAUAUGAGGUGAAUUUUUGUUUUAAUCGGAAUAUCAGUACCACCUACCAUUGAAAUGGAAAGGAAGGGCAUUUUUUUUGUUAA